AUGGUCAAAGCAGUCGCAGUUCUCCGUGGUGACUCCAACGUCAAGGGCACCGUGACCUUUGAGCAGGACUCUGAGAACAGCCCAACCACCAUCACCUACGACAUCACCGGCAACGACGCCAAUGCUCAGCGUGGCAUGCACGUUCACGCCUUUGGCGACAACACCAAUGGCUGCACCAGCGCUGGUCCUCACUUCAACCCACACAGCAAGACCCACGGUGCCCCAGAGGACAGCGAGCGUCACGUAGGCGACUUGGGCAACUUCAAGACCGACGGCCAGGGCAACGGAAAGGGCAGCGUCACCGACAACCUCGUCAAGCUCAUCGGCCCACACAGCGUCCUUGGCCGUACUGUUGUCGUCCACUCUGGCACUGACGACCUCGGCAAGGGCGGUAACGAGGAGAGCAAGAAGACUGGCAACGCUGGUACCCGUCCAGCUUGCGGUGUCAUUGGUAUCGCCGCAUAA